AUGGUUGAACGUUACAUUGAUAAGCAUAAGAAAACUUUAGAAACUGUUCCUUUGGAGAGGAAAAAGAGAGAAAAGGAGCAGUUUCGUAAACUCUUUAUUGGUGGCUUAAGCUUUGAAACAACAGAAGAAAGCUUGAGGAACUACUACGAGCAAUGGGGGAAACUUACAGACUGUGUGGUAAUGAGGGAUCCUGCAAGCAAAAGAUCAAGAGGAUUUGGUUUUGUAACUUUUUCUUCUAUGGCUGAGGUUGAUGCUGCCAUGGCUGCACGACCCCAUUCUAUUGAUGGGCGAGUGGUUGAGCCAAAACGUGCUGUGGCAAGGCAGUCUGGAAAGAAAAGAGGCUUUGGUUUUGUUACAUUUGAUGACCAUGAUCCUGUGGAUAAAAUUGUAUUGCAGAAAUACCAUACCAUCAAUGGUCAUAAUGCAGAAGUAAGAAAGGCUUUGUCUAGACAAGAAAUGCAGGAGGUCCAAAGUUCUAGGAGUGGAAGAGGAGGCAACUUCGGUUUUGGGGAUUCGCGUGGUGGAGGAGGAAAUUUCGGCCCAGGACCAGGAAGUAACUUUAGAGGAGGGUCUGAUGGAUAUGGAAGUGGUCGUGGAUUUGGGGAUGGCUAUAAUGGGUAUGGAGGAGGACCUGGAGGUGGCAAUUUUGGAGGAAGCCCUGGUUAUGGAGGAGGAAGAGGAGGAUAUGGUGGUGGAGGACCUGGAUAUGGCAACCAGGGUGGGGGCUACGGAGGUGGUUAUGACAACUAUGGAGGAGAAGGUGUCUUGCUGCAGGUAACUAAUGAAGAAGUGGUCAACCACAGAGUCUUCAAGAAAUAA